UUUCAAGCUCUUGCUCCUUUCGUUUCUAUUUAAGAGUUGGCUGUUUAAAAAAUUAAUUCUUUUCUGUCAUUGUUUCAUACAUUCCGUCGCUUUGUAUCUGUGAGAUAUACAGAGCUUAAAGAAGGCGUGCCUUUCGAAAGGCCAAUUUUUAUUUGUCAAAGGAACCUAUUUAUAAAAUUGAGAGUUUUUAAUUCUUUCUAUUGUAAACAGCAUUGCGUUGAUUGGGAUUAAGCCCUGCUUUGUUUACACUACAUUGUUUUUGUUGGACUAGGUCUUGGAUAUCUCCAUUACAACACAAACAAAACCAAUAUCUUGCUAAAAAAAUAAGCCAUAAAAGCUGGAGAAAUCUUUGAAAAUUAGAUCUAAACAAUUCAUUCUAUUAGCUUUUCCUUAAACAAGCAAGCUUUGAAAUUUCUCAGCUCUUCUUUGUGAUACGGAACUUUGGCAUUUGCUAGAUUUUAAGCUUAAAAGGCGUUCCUAUUUAUCUGUCGUAUCUCGGUUUCUUGUAAAUUUUGCAUCUUUCAUUCCCAGAACCCAAAGAUUCCGGGAUGACAAAGGCUGUGGAAGGUUGUCGGAAAGAAAAUGAAGGUCUUGCUGAAUCUAGUUCAGAAAAAGAUGAAUGUAAAUAUUCUAUUCGUCUUACCAACUUUGUAGGCCCAAAUGCACACUCGUUUUCAUUUGAUCCACUAGUUCGGUGUUGGGAUAAAAAGAAUGAUUCUUUACCUAUCUAUAUUGGACGAUACACCGAGAGGUUUAAUGGAGGAGACGUAUCUGCUAUAGUUUUUCGCUCGAAAGUUGUGAGUCGUAAGCAUGCUCAAAUAUAUCACGAAAAUAAUACUUGGUAUAUCCAAGAUAUGGGUUCAAGUUCCGGAACAUUUCUUAAUCACGUUCGUUUAUCUCCACCUUCUAAGACGAGUAAGCCUUAUGCCAUGUCAAAUAAUGAUAUUCUCCAGCUCGGUGCCGAUUAUCGUGGUGGUUAUGAAAUGCAUUAUCGCUGUGUCCGUGCGCGGGUUGAACUCAAUAAUUCUUGGAAAAUAAGAAUCAAUCCAUACAAUUUGAACGAAUUUCGCCGUGUUCAAGAACUAGCCGUUUCUGGUUCAACUGAUAACGGCCCUCCCGAGUGUUGCAUUUGUUUAAUGCCUGUUUUACCCUGUCAAGCACUCUUUUUUGCUCCUUGUUCUCACACUUAUCAUUAUAAAUGUAUACGCCCAACUCUGGUAGAAAGCCACCCAUACUUUAGCUGUUUCAUAUGCCGAAAAUACCAUGAUUUGGAAGCGCCAGUUGAGGAAGCUGACGAAUGUUUGAAUGACCUACUACUACAUACCACUGUUAAAGAGUGAUUAUUUAUUCUUGUACUUUGAAGUUAACCAAAGCAUAACUUAUUUGAAGCACUCAUUUUACAUCCUUAAUGAUGACGACCUAAACUAUUCAUGAACUGUAAUGCAAUUGUUUUUAUUUCGGCUUAAUCUUUGUGCGCUUUGUUCACCUUUUUGUCCAUUAUUUUUAUUUCUUCUAAUCAGCUUGUCUUUCAGUUACUGUUGGCGGAGUUCCUAGUUUUUAAUACACGUUUGUUUAGCAGACCAAUUAAGCUGAUCAAACAAACGCACGUUCUUUUAUUUAUGUGUGCGUCGAGAUUAUAUUUGUUAAAUAAUCGAUCUCGUAAUAAACGACGGCGACAAUUCAACCAAGUCGUUCGUAUUAUUUGGUGAAUCCUUUGAGGACGCCAACACGCUUCUUUCUCCAAACUUCCUUGUUAUUGCUUUGGCGUAUAUAUUUUGCCUUAUGAAUCCUAUCCAGCAUUCAACGUCAUAUCGAUCCCCAGUUUGCGAUAAAUACUUGAAAACAUGCUCCAAAAUAUAUAUAGUAAUAAAAUGAAGAAUCAACCAUUAUAACCAAACUAGAAGAGGAUUUUGAUUUUGUUGUAGUAUAGCUUUACCUUUAUGAUCCCCGAUGCCCUUCAGUUUCUUUGUCACACAAUUGCUUUAUUGUCUCAAGGACAUUUACUCUGAGCUUAUCUUGAGACAAAAUAUUGUUUUUUAUAUUUUCCAAGGUAUUUUCAUAAAGCGAUGUCCUAUUUCAAUUAGCCAUUCGUUCGACUGAAACCAACUAUGUUCAUACCGAUCAACGGCGCCUGCGAUUAAAGGCGCUGUUCGGAAAUGAUCUUUGGUUUUUAAAGAUGGAUCUUUCUCUAGUUCUAAUUCAGCAAUUGUUCGAAGUUGCUCUGCGAAUCCCUCCGAUUCCUAAAAGAAACCUUGUUAGACGCAACGCAAUGACUAUGAUUAAAAGAGGUCGAUCCCAUGAGAAGGAAGAAAAUAGAUUCUUUUUUAGCUUCUUCUUCCUGUGGUCUUCCUAGAAGUAUAUAUAUGGUUGCGUUUUUUAACAUACCUUUUCUUUGAAUGUUUCCAAGACAAGCUUUCGUAAACGAUCGAAAUGUCCUUCUCUUUUGAAUCUUGUCACUAAAUCAUCCACGUUUACCGUUUUAUUUGAGUCCAUUUUUCUACCCUUUAUCCUAUAAAAGCAUAUUUCUCUAUUGAAAGUUGGUUCUUGGUAAAGGUCAAAUUUCCCAAGACUUUCAAAUAGGUAUUUCUAAAUAUGUAUUUUGAAACAAUGUAUAGCUUGUCUUAUACGAAAAAAUAAAAUUGGGAUACAACUUUGUACUCAAAUAUCCAUGGCUUGUUCAAAAGCCCAAUGUCAAAGACCUUUGAAACCUCCGAUUUCAUGUACGUUAAUUAUCAAGCUGCUAGAAACCCAAUGUUUAUUUAAUGAAUUAUUGAUUCUUUGAGUCAUCCCGAGUCCUCCUAUAUGAAACAUACUGGCAUCAAGCAAACAACAAGUUUUCAGUAUCAAAUCCAAGGGUUUGAAUCAAUGAUUUGUUGGAAAUGGCCAAAAUAUCAUUAUUUUCAUAAAGAUGAUGUUUGUAUUGCUUGGCACUACCAAAUACAGCAAUAUCUAAUGGGCGAACAGACAAUCAAUUCGAUUGCUUACGACUAAGACAUCCAAACAGAGCUAUGCAAUUCAUUAAAUUCCUUAAACAAGAAAAAUGAGUGAACUUUUAUUUCGCCAAUAUAAUCGUACGCCUCGCCAAAUUGUACAAUGUUAAACAAAGUACUCAUAGAUGAUCACAAC